AAUACAGGCAGAUUCUCCUCCCAUUAUAGUUGGCGAAGAAUAUUCAAAAAAACCACUAAUACUUGUAUAUAUGAGACAUGCAUAUGGCUUAGGAGAACAUUAUAAUUCGGUUACACGACUGAGUUGGUGCGCUAGUAAUUCCCAGGAUCAUGACUGAGAGAUUGUUAAUAAAAGCAUUGAGUGGUGGUAAAAAUACGAAGAUCCUUACUUUGAAUGGGAAGAAGAUGACAAAGAUGCCCUCAGCAUUAGGAAAACUGCCUGGCCUGAAGACUCUAGUCCUUCAGAAUAACCUAAUCCCCAAAGUGUGUCCAGAGUUAUGCAACUUGACCCAGUUGACAACACUAAAUCUGGGAAACAACCUUUUAGAAGAAGUUCCGGAAGAGAUGAAAUAUCUUACAUCUCUGAAGAAUCUCCAUUUAUCUGGAAAUAGGAUCUGUAGAUUUGCACCUGGAGCCUGUGAUGGCUUACAAAAUUUAAUCCUGCUUAAUCUGAACAACAAUCAUCUUACGCAGCUUCCUCAAGAAGUCAGCAGAUUAAAAAGUCUUACUUAUAUGAGUAUAAAUUAUAACCAACUAGCCAGCAUUCCUAGAGAACUUUGUUUUCUUGAGAAUCUUGUUGAACUUCAACUUAACUACAAUCAGCUGAUAUGCAUACCUGAAGAGAUUAAAUUCUUGAAGAAGCUUCAGAAGCUUUUGCUAGCCAGAAACAACAUUGGAGUUUUGCCGGAGGAACUUUGUGAUCUUAAAAAACUAAGAAUCCUAGACAUAGCUGGAAAUAUUAUUCAGAUAUUUCCAUCAGGAUUUCAGGAUCUGAAGCUGAGGGAAUUCUACUGUGAGGGAAACCCACUGUUCCUGCAGCAGCCAGUGAUUUCUACACAGCAGGAGAACGUCUGGAGUCUACAGGAAAUAACAUCAAGAUUUGUAAUGAAUCAGCUAGCAGAAAAUAACCCUUUCCUAAUGGAUGGCAUAGAACGGUACCCACAAGUCAGGAGCAUGAUCUCUCAGGGAAAAACAUGUGCAAUAUGUGGACAGUACUUUAUAACCGUAUGGCUGGAAUGUGUUCGAUUUGUUCCUCCACCAAAGGACUGGAAGAUAAGCAAGAAUCUGAAGCUGGUGCCUCUCCAAGUAUUAAUUUGUUCUUACAAAUGUUUUACUCAACGUGACCCUAACCUCUUUGGAAUUGCUCAGGUGUAGAACAGGUGAGGUGCUCAUUCAUAGCCUCACUCCACUUGCCCUGUCAGCUCUGCAUACACAGAUUAUGCCCUACUUAAGAUACCAUGCCUGUUCUCUUUGUCAACACAUUAAAUAAAAGAAGAAAAAUAAUUCCAUUAUAA